AUGGCAGUGGCCAGGCGCGUUGCUGGGCGGAGGGAAGAUGGCGGUGACUAGCUGGCUGGAGAUUUUGCGGUCGGCCGAGAAGACGGCACUGCUGCAGGAUGGGAAGAGGAUGGUGCACUAUUUGUUCCCAGACGGGAAGGAAAUGGCGGAAGAAUAUGAUGAGAAGACCAGUGAACUCCUUGUGAGAAAGUGGCGUGUGAAAAAUGCCCUGGGAGCCUUGGGCCAGUGGCAGCUCGAAGUGGGAGAACCAAUGCCCUCAGGAGCUGGGAGCCUGGGAUCCGAGCUCAUCAAGGAAAGUAAUGCCAAUCCCAUCUUCAUGCGCAAGGACACCAAAACAAGUUUCCAGUGGCGGAUUCGAAAUCUCCCCUACCCAAAGGAUGUCUACAGUGUGUCAGUGGCCCAGAAGGAGCGCUGUGUCAUUGUUAGAACGACAAACAAAAAGUACUACAAGAAGUUCUCCAUUCCUGACUUAGACAGACACCAGCUUCCUCUGGAAGAUUCUGCACUGAGCUUUGCUCACGCCAACUGCACCCUGAUAAUCUCCUAUCAGAAGCCAAAGGAGGUCAUGGCAGCUGAAUCAGAGCUACAGAAGGAGUUAAAGAAGGUAAAGACAGCGCACAGCAGUGAUGGGGACUGCAAGACGCAGUAGCUACUGAGCCUCGCACCUCCAGUGUGGAGGAAACUGAGAGACGUCCAGACUUGGGUUUUAUGCACAGGCAGCCUCUUCUCUUCUAAGAACUACAGAGUCCCCAGAACUGGCCCUUGGGGCACAGCUUGCUCCCACCUGUGGUUUUAUCCUGAGUAAAGUCAUUUGCAGUUGUUCUGGAAGGACUGACUGCCUUUUUCUCUGAUGGCCCGUCCCUGGAUGCCUUGGCCUUCCUCACCCCACCUUCCCAUCCUGAGGACCUUCCACACAGGCCUUCCAGCUAAAGGGGGAGAAAAGUGGGAACAGGGCUGGGUGUCUUGUAAACUCCUGUGUGCUGGCUUGCCUUAUAUGAGUAGCUCAGGGAAAACUCCUCUGAGGCAGGUAUGGGCAAAGGAGAAGUUUAAAAAUUUAGCUGUCUUGGAAACAGCACAGAAUGUUAGGACACUGGUUAAAAGAGCAUGGCUACAGUAUUGUCAAAGGUGUGUGUAUGGUGGGACAGAGCGAAAGGUCACCCAGCUCAGCACCUAGAGCCCUCUGACCGUUAGUUCCUUAUCUGCGCCCCAAAGAGGUAGAAGAAACCUUUUUGUUCUCGGGGGCACAGCCAUGGGUUUGUCCUUCCCCUGUACACAUUCCUGAGUUUAAAUGUGAUACUCUGCCUUCCUGGAGCCUCUUAGAAUACCUAACCAGGGCUGGAGAGAUAGCUCAGAGUACCAACUGCUCUCCCAGAGGUCCCGAGUUCAAUUCCUAAUAACUACAUGUGGCUCACAGCCAUCUGUAAUGGGAUCUGGUGUGUCUGAAGACAGCUGCAGUGUACGCAUAUACAUUAAAUAAAUCUUAAAAAAAAAAUGACCUAACCAUCAAA